AUGAUGGAAAUGUCAGAUUCAGAUGAUGAAUAGCAACCUGAAUAAAAAAAUGAAGAAACUCAAACACAAGAAUCGAACUAAACAAUAUAGCAAUAAAACGAUCAAUCCAACCAAAAUUAGAAACAUAAAAAGAAGAAAGAAAAAAAUAGCAAUGAGAAGCAACUUAAUACCCUUAAAAAAAUCAAGAUGAUGAUUUCGAAUUUCUUGGUAAGGUUUAAGCAGAAUUAACUCAAUAACAACACUAAUAAUAAUUAAUAUAAUUUUAAGAAUCAUAAGAAAAUGGACCUCUGGCAAUUAAUAUCAAGAGAUUAAACUACAAUAAAGAAUUGUGGUCAAUAAAAGAAAGGACACAAAAAUGUCAAAUAAUCCUACCUCACUUAUAAUCCAGAUGUUAAUAUACAAUUGGCUGAUAAAUUUAAUGUCAAAUUUGGAAAUUUAAAUGAUUAAGGUUUGCAAAUAUUUUUCUUGGUUGCGUCUUAAUAAUACGAAAGGCUUUAAUAGGAAUACACAAUUGUUGAAGGUUUCUAUGAUCCUUAAGCUAUAUUUAAUUUCUUAUAAAUGAAUCCCUCUCAUUGCGAGGCCUAAUUUGAUGUUAGUGAGUACUACAGAUUAAAGGGAGAUUAUAUAUAAGCCUAUGAGCCUCCAGAGAGACUGCUUUAUAUUUAUGAAAGUAGUUUAGGUUAUGGAUUGAAUAAAUUCUUUGAGGAUGCUUCAAUCAAUCUCGAAAUUGAAGAUAAAUUCACAGCAAAGUAUUUUUUAUGGAAUUGA